AUGCCGGCCGCUUGCAUCAAAUCACGCGACUCCGGGACACGCCUCCUGGCUCCCGGCCGGGCUGUCGAGCCUGCACCCCAACAACCUGCCCAAACUGCCGUGUCCCCGCAGAGGGGACUCCUUGCUGCUUCCCCCAUGAACGGUGCUCGCCUGAUCAACUCGGGCUUACACUCCUCAAAAGUGAACCUUAUUUCUGACCCGCCUCUCAUCACCAAUCAUAUCAUCGGCUCUUCAUAUCCAUUAAUCAAAAUGACUCGCUCCCACAAGUACAACGACAAGGACCAUGCUGCUCUGGCUAGCGGCAUGGCCGCCCCACAGGAGCAUAUUCCCAAGUACUUUGGCAAGCAUGGCUUCCCUGACGCCGACCCUAAGAAGAUCAAGAAGAACGGCGCUGGUCGCUGCAAUUGGGGUAAUCUUGAAGACGAGCUGCUCGACGAGGAGUUCAACUUCACCAACGCCCGCCGCCGCUCCAACAGCAGCAGCAUUGCGUCGCUCGAGAACUUCAAGACCAAGUUCGAGGUGAACGAGCCCGAGCCUGUGUUUGAGGAGAGCAUGGGCGCCGAGGAAGAGAGCGGGUCAAGCGGGACCAGCGUCGACGAGGACAAGGCCGUCCACAAGGACUAA